UAAUUAAGAAAAACCGAUUUGUAUUGAAACCGUAAAAGAAAACCGGUUCAAUCCGGGUCAAAACGCUGCGUUUUGGCUUAAUGAUUGGAAUAUUCUGUAGAUAUAAAAGGCGCGAGACCCGGAAAAAGAAACGACCGUUGAACUGAACACAGUCGCAGAGUAACCGGAAAAGAAAGAGAAAUGGAGGAUUCCGGUGCGAUCCUCUGCCAAAUCUCAACCUACAAGGACAUGCUCGACCAGGUAAACGAAGAAAUCGAAGCGAAUAUUCAGAUAACGCGGGAGAUCGAGUCGGAGAUCGUCAAAUGCUCCGAAAUCGAAACCGCUCUGUCCGCUAAAGAAUCCGACCUCACCAAGACGCUCUACCUUUCGCACUUUGAGCUCACCGGACUACUCGCCGUCGCCAAGGAUUUGAGGAAAUCGGUUGAGGUUUUGGAGAAGGAAUUGCAUUGUCUUAGAACGAAGCGCGAUCAAACUCUUUGUAGAAUCCAUGACCAGCGGGAAAGGUUUUUCGCAUUGUGCUUAGAGUUCCAGAAGGACAUUGAGAAUGGUAACGAUAACGAAUUACAAGCUCUUAUGUCGGAAAAAGAGUUCCUCGAAAAUGAAAUUCGCUUAUUGGAAGAGAAGAACAAUGGUCUGAAGAACUCAAUGCUGGCAUUUGUUGAAGGAAUUCUCGAAGAUCUUAAUAGUUGCAACUCCGCUUUACAAGUUGAGAUACGGAGGGGGAACCAGGAGAACGAGAAGUUGCUGAAGGAUAUCGAUAAUAUGAAAACUUCAUUGCUUUCGAGUUUCAGCUACUGCGAUUGAUGAUGUCAGUGUUUCGAACCAGGUGCAAGAUCGUGGAAGGGACAAACUGGACAGUAACUUGAAGGUGUACCCUCCUCCGUUUCUAGCCAAACAAAAAGGUGUCCUCCGAAUCCAAUUAGAUUGGUAGGCCUAGGCCUAAAUUGUACUGCUGGAAUCAAUUUUCUUCAUGAAUAGUUUCUGGCAUCAGGCUUUAGCAGUCAUGCAUGCAGCAUUUGUUAUUUGCUUACUGUCGGCUUGGAUUCUUGUGUCAAGUGGAAGAAUGCUAGUCGAACUAAAAUUUUAUUUUCUUCCGGAUGCGAGAUUCUUUCAUGUCACUAACUCAUGUGGUAAUCGCCCAUUGAACGACUAGUGCACUUCUUAAAUACAUGGUGAUAACGCCAAUGAUAUUAAAA